CUCCAUAAUUUUCUUAAAACCCCCUUUGAACCCUAACGCCCAGCAGUACAGCAUCGUCGCCGUCAACACACCCUCCGUCUGCCGGCGUCGCACCUCGCACGAAGCCACAGUGAAAAUGAAGAGAAUGAUAGCGUUGGGAUUUGAGGGUUCAGCAAACAAGAUUGGUGUUGGGGUAGUGACCUUAGAUGGCACAAUUCUGUCAAACCCACGCCACACAUACAUCACCCCUCCUGGUCAAGGCUUUCUUCCCAGAGAGACAGCACAGCACCACCUACAACACGUUCUUCCCCUCGUCAAAUCCGCUUUGGAAGUCGCACAAAUCGCUCCGCAGGACAUUGACUGCCUCUGCUACACCAAGGGUCCCGGCAUGGGAGCUCCUUUGCAAGUCUCCGCCAUUGUUGUCCGUGUUCUCUCACAGCUUUGGAAGAAGCCGAUUGUUGCUGUCAAUCACUGCGUGGCACACAUCGAGAUGGGAAGGAUUGUAACCGGUGCUGAUGACCCUGUUGUCUUGUAUGUUAGUGGUGGCAACACUCAAGUCAUUGCUUACAGCGAGGGGCGUUAUAGAAUCUUUGGAGAAACUAUUGACAUUGCUGUGGGGAAUUGCUUGGAUCGCUUUGCAAGGGUCUUGACGCUUUCCAAUGAUCCAAGCCCCGGAUAUAACAUUGAGCAGCUUGCAAAAAAAGGAGAGAAGUUUAUAGACCUGCCUUAUACUGUUAAAGGGAUGGAUGUAUCUUUUAGUGGAAUAUUGAGCUAUAUUGAAGCAACCGCUGCUGAAAAGCUAAAGAAUAAUGAGUGCACUCCUGCGGACUUGUGCUACUCUCUGCAGGAGACACUGUUUGCCAUGCUUGUGGAGAUAACGGAGCGGGCUAUGGCUCAUUGUGACACGAAAGAUGUGCUUAUAGUUGGUGGUGUAGGUUGCAAUGAGCGGUUGCAAGAGAUGAUGAGAAUCAUGUGCUCUGAACGCGGCGGAAGAUUGUUUGCCACCGAUGAUAGAUAUUGCAUUGAUAAUGGAGCAAUGAUAGCUUAUACUGGCCUCCUUGAAUUUGCUCAUGGUGCAUCAACUCCACUAGAGGAUUCUACGUUCACCCAGCGGUUCCGGACAGAUGAAGUGAAAGCAAUAUGGAGAGAAGCAAAUUUGGAAAAUUUGAAUGGGCUUGCAGAGAAGAGUAUUUGAUUUGUCAAUCUUGAGGUUUGAGCCUGAGUGCUCAUCAGUUUGUCUAAACCAAUGUCUAUGGAAAGCCUUUGCAGUUUGUCCUGGUAUUGGUGACUUUGCAGUAACUCUUUAUCUCUCUUAGGACAUAUACUGGUCUAAAACUUAUCCAUGUAAUAUCUAUGUGUUCACUAAGGCAGUCAAUCUUUAGGCUUUGUUUAUGUAUUGGCCUGCAGAUCAAGUUUGCCUCUGCAUUUCACUAUUGGUGACAAGCACUGAAAAAUUAUGAAACAUAACAUUUUCAGCAUAUCAAGUAAUUAGGUUGGUCUUUGGAGAA